AUGCCCCCCGUCGCCCCCAACGGCGCCCCCGCGCCCCACAGCUCCAAGAUGCACUCCCAAGUCGUGAUCAUCGGAUCGGGCCCGGCAGGCCACACAGCAGCCAUCUACCUCGCCCGCGCCAACCUCAACCCCGUCCUCUUUGAGGGAUUCAUGGCCAACGGCUUCGCAGCCGGCGGCCAAUUGACCACCACAACCGAUGUCGAAAACUUCCCCGGCUUCCCAAGCGGCAUCCUCGGCCCCGAGCUCAUGGACAAAUUCCGCGCCCAGUCCGUGCGCUUCGGCACCCGCAUCAUCACCGAGACCGUCUCCAAAAUCGACCUCUCCUCGCGCCCCUUCCGCUACUGGCGCGAGGGCGCAGAGGGCGGCGACCCCGAGACCGCAGACACCGUCAUCAUCGCCACCGGCGCCAGCGCGAAGCGCCUCGGCCUCGCGGGCGAGGAGCGCUACUGGCAGAGCGGCAUCAGUGCCUGUGCGGUGUGCGACGGCGCCGUCCCCAUCUUCAGAAAUAAGCCGUUGGCCGUUAUUGGAGGCGGUGACUCGGCAGCAGAGGAGGCCACCUAUCUCACGAAAUACGGCUCGCACGUCUACGUGCUCGUGCGCCGCAGCGAGCUGCGUGCGUCGAAGAUCAUGGCCAAGCGCCUGCUCAACAACCCCAAAAUCACCGUCCUCUGGAACACAGUCGCCAUCGAGUGCCAGGGCGACGGCGACCUGCUCACCAACCUGCGCAUCAAGAACGUCGUCACCGGCGAGGAAAAGGACCUCCCCGUCAACGGCCUCUUCUACGCCAUCGGCCACGAGCCCGCCACCGCCCUCGUGCGCGCGCAGCUCCAGACCGACACCGACGGCUACAUCAUCACCGUCCCCGGCACGACCCAGACCUCCGUCAGGGGCGUCUUCGCCGCGGGCGACGUGCAGGACAAGCGCUUCAGGCAGGCGAUCACGAGCGCCGGCAGUGGGUGCAUGGCCGCGCUCGAGGUCGAGAAGCUCAUCGCGGAGGAGGAGGAGGGCAUGGAGGAGUAA